GAAAUUGAUACAAAAACAUUCGGAAACUGUUAGUCAUCUAUUUGUGAAAACUCGUGAGUUUGACAGAGCGAAGAAACUGUUGGACAAAAACGGAUAUGUCGUCAUCAAGGGAAAUCCCGGAACUGGAAAAACCAUGAUCGCCAAAAUGUUAAUGAAAGAAUUGAUGGAGGAAGGAAAAUCUCCUCUUCAGCUUUACAAAUUAACAGAUUUGUAUGAAAACAUAUCACCAGGUGAUGGUAUAGUGGUAUUUAUUGACAAUUUAUUUGAUAUAAAAAAUGAUCAAGGUUCCAAUGCAUUACAAUCUGCAGCAAGUUCUGGGGACAAACAUGCAUUUAAUCUUCUAUUAAAGUUUGGCUUUGAUCCAUAUGAAAAAGAUCGAGACAAUGGACACACGGUUCUUACUUGUGCUUGUCAGGAUGGUAGGACAGACAUGGUCAAAUACCUUAUUGAGAAAUAUCCUGCAUUACUCCAGGAACACACAGAUUUUCAAGGAAAAAGUUUUUUGCAUUGGGCAGCUUUCAGUGGGAAAAUAGAUAUGUUUGAAUAUAUGCUUAACCUCUUUGAGAAUGAAAAUAUAUUACUUAUAUCAAGUGACAAUAUACCAAAUGAAUAUAAAACAGAUAAUACAGGUCAAUCUAUCCUGCACGCUGCAUGUGAAAAUGGUCAUUAUUAUAUGUGUGAAUAUUUGUUAAACAGAUAUCCUCAUUUACUGAAUGUUAGUGACAAUAAUGGUUACAAUGUCCUCCAUUACACAGCUGAAGGAGGCAACGUAGAUCUUUUUAGGUUUCUGUCAAGUAAAGGAUUAAAUGUCAAUUGUACAACAAAUACUGGGAAGACUGUGUUACACAUGUGUUGUGCUAAGGGUAGAGAGGAAAUGUGUAGGUAUCUUGUAAAUAUGUAUCCAAGUUUAAUAUCAGUUAAAGACAAUAAAGGAUGGACAGUGUUACAUUCAGCUUGCUGGGGAGGAAGUGUAGAAAUUGUCUCUUUUCUUAUAGAAAAAGGAAUGGACAUUAAUACCUUGUCAAAUGAUGGUAAAAGUAUCCUGCAUAGAGCUUGUCUCAAUGGGAAGUUUGAAGUUUGUGAGUACUUAGUAGAGAAUUAUCCCCAUCUAUUAUAUGUCAAAGACAAAUCUAGUAAUACAGUGUUGCAUGACGCAGCCUGGGGAGGCAAUGUUCAAAUAGUAAAACUAUUGAUUGAGAAAAAUAUGGACAUCAAUGCCCUACAGGAAGAUGGUGAAACAAUUUUACAUCAGUGCUGUCGUUCUGGUAAAAAAGAGAUGUGUGAGUAUUUGGUCAAUCAUUUUCCAGAUUUACUGAGGAUAAGGGACAAUAAGGGAUGGACAGUGUUACAUUCAGCUUGUAGUGGAGGAAGUGUUGAAAUUGUGUCUUUUCUACUAAAAAAAGGACUGAAAUCAAUGCCUUGUCAAAUAAUGGUAAAAGUAUUCUGCAUAUAGCUUGUCUC